UAUUAUUAAAGAGGAGGAGGAGGAGGAAACCUGGGGUUGUUUCCAAUGGAGGUGCUGCUGAAAGGGUCUCUUGUUGAUGAAGAGGAAAAGAGAACUAAGAGUGUUGGUGAUGAAGAGGGUGGAAAAAUUGGAAAGCAGUUUGGAGGUGAAAUACCAGCUGCGGACCGAGAUUUUUCUAGGUCACCUUCUCCCAAUUCAAUCAUUAACAAACAGGCUUCUGCUGCAAUCCCAAGCGAAAGAUCAUCUAUGGAUACAUCCUCAAGACCGUCUUCUUUAAACCUCGAGGACUCCGUCAAGAUGAGUAAGGUGGACCAGCUCGAAUCCACUAAGGCGGAAAUGGGUGAGGUAAGAGAAGAGAAUGAAAGAUUGAAGACAAUAUUAGCCCGCAUCGUUAAGGAUUACCAGUCUCUCCAAACGCACUUCUUUGACAUUGUUCAGCAAGAGCAAGCCAAGAAACCUGUUGAGACCCCGCCAGCUCCAAAUGAAGUAGAAGAACCUGAGCUUGUUUCACUAAGCCUUGGAACAAGUUCAAGCGGUCACAAGAAGGAAGAGAAGGUGAGCCCAGAUAAAACCAAAGAGAGUCAUGAGCAGAUUGAAGGAGGCCUGACUCUUGGACUAGACUGCAAAUUUGAGGGAUCUGGUACUGGCACCAAUGAACCUGGCUCCAACCUGAGCCCAGGCAAUAGCUUCGAGGAGCCAAAGGAAGCAAAGCCUGGGGAGCCAUGGCCACCUAGCAAGAUAUUGAAGAAUUUGAGAAAUGGUGACGAAGUUUCCCAGCAGCCCUUUGUCAAGAAAGCACGUGUUUCCGUGAGAGCACGAUGUGAUGCACCGACGAUGAAUGAUGGAUGCCAGUGGAGAAAAUAUGGGCAAAAGAUUGCAAAAGGUAAUCCAUGCCCACGAGCAUACUAUCGUUGCACUGUUGCACCGGCAUGCCCAGUAAGGAAGCAGGUGCAAAGGUGUGCAGAAGAUAUGUCUAUAUUGAUCACCACCUAUGAGGGGACCCAUAACCACCCACUUCCAUACUCAGCCACUGCCAUGGCUUCAACAACCUCCGCUGCUGCUUGCAUGCUGAUGUCUGGCUCCUCCGCUUCCCGACCAACCAUCGGAUCUCUCGCCACCUCCUCCACUGUCACCACCACCACAGACGCCAGACUCCAUGGCCUAAACUUCAGCCUAUCAGGCAAUUCAAGACCAUGUCAUUUCUACCUUCCAAACCCUUCGAUCUCUUCCACCCCUUGCCACCCCACCAUUACACUAGACCUCACUGCCCCCCCAUCAUCCACCUCCCAACCUUCUCACUUCAGUAGGUUCUCUUCAAACUUUGCUUCCAUUCCAAGAUACUCCUCAACAGGCUUCAGUUUCUCUUCCCCAGAGUCUGACACCAUCCCAACAUCGUGGAGCAAUAGUUAUCUUAACCACGGAAAUCAGCCAUAUAACAAGAGUCUCGUUGGCUCUUUGAACCUCGGAAGACAACCUCAGGACCCUUUCUACCAAUCCUAUCUGAACAAGGCCACCAACCCAAGUGCUCCCUCUCCAAGCCAGAAUUCACUGACGGACACAAUUACUAAGGCUAUAACGUCGGACCCGAGCUUCCAGUCGGUGAUAGCAGCUGCCAUCACGUCGUAUGUUGGAGCCCAAGGUGGGAGAGGCGAGAGUUCAGGCCACGGCCUGAAAUGGGGAGAACGCUUCAACUCAGUUCCCCACUACUCAGGCGCAGCGACCGGGAACGCUUGUGCGUCGAGCUACUUGACUCGGUCGACGGCCUCAAGCUCAAACCCUCAACAAGGGAACUUGAUGUUCCUCCAGCCUUCGAUGGGCUUUCCUGGCUCCAAGAGUGCCUCUGCCUCUCCCGUGGAAAAUAGGGAAAACACCAACUGAAGGCCCUUUUUGGAUUUAGUUCUGCUUUCAUUUUGUUCUAGGAAUUUUGGAAUUUAUCCAGCCGUAACAUUGUAUGUGGUCAUUGAGCUAUAAGUUCUGAAUGACAAUAUAUGGGAAGGGGUUGGGGUAGGUAAGUUAAGGCAUUGUUGUUUCAUGAUGUACAGUGCAAGCAAGGCAACUAAGUCUGACCAUGUGAAUGAAAAUGGUGAUGGUGAUCUAGGUGUAAGCCAUGAAACUAGACCAGAUAUAUAACCAGACUAUUUCAGCUGUUCAUUGGGAA